AUGGCUUUUCUUUUCUUCUUCCCUUUGAUGAUGCUUUCCAUCUCCAUCUUUUCAAUCUCCGCUCUUCCUCACUCUUAUCAAUACCAACAUCAACAAUUGCUGUUGCGAUUCAAAGAUGCCAUUUCCCACAAUAACAUCACUUCUCUGCCUGAUUGGACUCCCCAUAUACCCCUCUGCAAUUGGUCUGCCGUUACCUGCAAUCCAUCUUUUAAGUCCGUCUUCGCCCUCAACUUAUCGCACAUGAACUUACACGGCACCAUCUCUCCUGUCAUAGGGAAUCUCUCCUCUCUCCGAUCCAUCGAUCUGUCCAACAAUGCCCUCAAUGGUCACAUUCCGCUUGAGCUGGGUCGACUCACAAGUCUAAAGUAUCUUUACUUAGGAACAAACCAUCUCACAGGUACCAUCCCCCACACUUUAGGAAAUCUGUCCGCCUUAGUUGACUUAUAUUUGGGGGAAAAUGAUCUCAACGGUACCAUUCUGCAUUCUUUGGGAAAUCUGUCUGCCGUAGUGACAUUGGGUCUAGGAGAUAAUCAUUUGACAGGUACCAUUCCCCCUGAAUUGGGGAGGUGA